AUGGCGUUGACCGAAAUGGCGGAUUCUCGAAACGAAGAUUUUUCUGCAGAUCCCACCAGUCGCUUGUUGUACUGGCGGUCUUCCUCUUCCUUCUCGGACAAUGGAACAUCAACAAGCGGCUUUUCGAGACUGCUUGCCUGCUGUGGAAUCUCAAGGAAACCGAUAGCGUCCGAUCUGGCCGCGAGCACAUCCGUCAGCAGUUCGGGCAAUGAGAGUGAUACCCCAGCCGAUUUCGAUGCAGCGGCAACAAAGCUGCUAAAGGGGAGCCUUUCUGAGGGUAGCACUAGUAGAUGUUUCACUCAUGUAACUCAUAUUCGACAGACGGAGACAUGGGAUUGUGGAAUUGCCUGCUUGAUGAUGGUGUUACGAUGGCUUCGCUCGAAACAAGAAAUACAUGAUUCCUCAGCAUCAAGUCAGCCAUCCUUCAUAUCAACGCCCCUGUCACCCUUGGAAGUUAUCGAACGCAAAUUGCUCUUGCAAAAGGUAGGCACACAGUCCAUUUGGACGGUGGAUCUUGUCAUGCUCCUCGAGGCCACGCUCCUUCAAAACAGUUCUGCUGACGACAGCAGUGGCAACAACAAUCAUCCCAGUCACAACAAUACAACCUACCUCUUCGCUUCACAAGUUAUGGGUGCCGAUCUGUCCCACAGUACGGCUGGUUAUUACCAAAAUGCCUUUGCCGCAGACAGUGUCCGAGUGCAACGGAUAUGUGACGACAUGAUCCAGCUCCAGCUACCCAUGCUUUGCCCAUUUGACAUGGCGUUCCAUCAAUUGAUACGUUUAGUUUCUCGUGAGAAAUGCAUAGCCAUUGUUUUGGUGGACAAUGGCAUUCUAAUGAAACGAGGAGACGACAAUCAACAACACAAUAGCAGCAUUUAUAUGGGCCAUUACGUGAUUGUCAGUGGGAUCAGUCAAGACGCGGAUCACUUAGUGGCUGCGGCAUACAAUGAGGACGAGAAUGCCAUGACACUCUUGGAGGAUGACGUGGACCGCUAUUGUCUAGUAGUGGCGAAUCCCGGUGUUGCAGAUCCGGUCAUGUUUGUCACCCCCAGGAAGUUCGAACAAGCUUGGAGGGCAGACGGUACUGACUGCGAUGUCCUGUUUGUGACAAAACAUGAGCCGGUCACAAUGUGA